AUGAUUGGUUUAGCCGUCAGUGAUGUAGCUGAUUUUCAAAUACAUGCUAAACGAGAAAAUUUACGUUCAAGAAUUCGAACAGUAUUGAAUUUUCAAGCAAAAUUCGGUACAAUUUGUGAUAUUUUAUCAAAAUUAAUGUUUGUUGUUGCUGGUCAUUUUCCUGAAUUAUUAAUUAAUUUAAAAUUUGGUGUAUCAAAACUAUCAAUACGUAUGAAAUCAAUUCUAAUACCAAAUCAUACAACAAAUCUUAUUCAUACUCGUGUUGGAUAUGUAACAAUGAAAAACCCUAAUGAAACUCUAUCUAAUAUUACCCGACAAAAAGAAAAUAUGCAAGAGAUUUAUAAUGAAAAAUUAUUAUAUAAAGUUAAUCAAGUUCGUGAAGAAAUUGAUAAAAUACAAUUAAAAUUUACACAAGAACUUCAUCGAUUAACAUUACGUCUAUCAAGAUUGUUUGAAAGAUGA